GCCAAUCAGAGACCAGAGGCGUAUCGGUGCGGCGUUUGAAUUUUUUAGUCAGCGGUUCAAGCCCAGCGUCGGAUAGAUCGUGAAGUAAAGCGUAAAACAAAGUUUAGAAGUGUCAAAAUAUCAUUUAUCGAUUGUGUAAAUCUCAUCGGAGAUCUGUGGCGAAGGACAGGAUGAGGAAGAGUGAGAUCCACGCUGCGGAGUCUGUCUCAUAUCUGAACAAUGCUCUUGGUGAGCUGAAGGACAUCUGGGAGGAGAUCGGGAUCCCAGAGGACCAGAGGCUGCAGCGCACGGACGCCGUUCACAUGCACAUCAAGAACCUGCUGGACAUGAUGAUCGCAGAGGAGGAGGGGUUGAAGAAACGCUUGAUGAGCAGUAUUGAAGCAUGCAGAAAAGAGGUGGCCAGCCUGUGUGAUGAACUUCAGGUGCAGGAGUGUCAGGAGGAAGACGGUCUUACGAUGCUUCAGUUGGAGAAGGAUCUCCGUACGCAGGUCAAGAUGAUGCUGAAGGAGAAGAGUGGGCGUCAGAGCGAGCUGAAGUGUCUGAUUCAGCAGGAUCAAGAUCUGUGUGAUGUCCUGUGUGAUGACCUCUUCCCUAUCCACCCCGAACGAGUGCCGUCACAACAGCAGCUGCAGAACUACAGGGAACAUAUCAACGCCCGCAACCAGGAGAAGGAGCGUCGUCAUGCCGAGUUUGUGGAAAUGAAGCGUCAGGUCACAGUGUUGAUGGAGGAUUUGGAGCAGCAUCCUGACACAACCUUUGAGAAAGACGCUGUGUGUGAGGAUGAAGACGCUUUCUGCCUCUCUUUGGAAAACAUCAGCUCACUUAAAGUGUUACUGCGGCAGCUGGAGAGCCGUAAAGCUGAAAGUGAAGCGCUGUGUGUGUCCAUCCGUAGCCGUAUUGAGGAAUUGUGGGAGAUGUUGCAGAUUCCUGUGGAAGAAAGAGAGAGUCUGAUGCAAAACACCCGCACUAGCACAAAGAGCAGAUUGAACGCACUGCAGGCAGAGCUUCAGCGAUUGGAGGAGCUGAAGAAGAAAAACAUUGAGCGUGUUAUUCAUACAAUCCGAUCAGAGAUCGUCAAGUUUUGGGAGAAAUGUUACUACAGCCCGGAGCAGAGACAAGCCUUCGUUCCUUAUCACAGUGACGAUCUGGACGAGGAGGUGUUGUUUGAACAUGAGCUGGAGUUGGAACGAUUAAAGCAGGAUUUUACAGAACACGGUGAGCUGUAUGACGCCGUUUCCACCUGGAGCAGCAACUGGACUCUCUAUCAGGAGCUGGAGAAAAAAGCCACAGACCCGUCUCGCUUUAACAACAGAGGAGGAAACCUGCUGAAGGAGGAGAAACAGAGAGUCGACCUGCAGAAGAGUUUGCCGAAGCUGGAGAAGAGUCUGAAGGCUCAGAUUGACCAGUGGGAAGCGGCGCACUGUAAGGAGUUCCGUGUGAACGGACAGCCGUUCCUGCAGUAUGUGGAAGACCAGUGGGAUCAACACCGUAUGGAGAAAGAGAGAGAAAAACAGGAACGGCAAAUGAAGAAAUUGAAGCAGACGGAGGAAGAUCUGCUGUACGGCACCGUCAUCAGAACCCCAACCAAGAGGAGAAUCGCUGGAACCCCAACACCUAGCAAAACACGCAAGCUAAUCUCCACCUCCAGCAUGUGUAGCUCCACCCCCAACACGACACUCCGUUCCAUAUGCUCCUCCCCUUCUAUGAGACCGCCCCUUUCCUCUAGCAAGUUGGGUGCGCGAACACCUGCUCGUGGCCGAACCCCUCGUGGUCUGGAGAGGAAUAAGGAGAAUAUUUCUCAUCUGAGCGGAGCUUUGCGCACAAUGACCGCCAGCCCUCACAGAAACUACUCCAUCACGUCCGUGGCCUCCUCCUACUCAGAGUUUGCAAAGGAUUCUGAAUCCACUUCAGCGUCCAGCGGGAGCUCUCAAAUUCUAAAUCCAAUGUCAAGACUGGAGUUCUGAACUCAACCAUCACGCACUGAACGCAGGUGGAUGGAAGCAGCUCGACUGAACUGAUGGGCUUAUAUGAAGACAAAAAAGCUUUUAUGGAGUAUUGAAUGUAAAUCAUUGUGACUUCGUUGCAGAAUUGUAAAUAUUUUAUCUCUGCUUUUUUACAAUUUUUCUCUUGACUUGUUUUUUCCCUUUAUUUAACUUUCCUUUUGAGUUUCAAACAAAUGAUUUUCUGUCUUUGAGUUUGACUUCUGCAGUUUUUAUAAAAACUCUGUUAACACUGAUUUUAGGGCUCUGAGAUGGAUUUUAUCUUUUAUACACUAAAAUCACGAUUUUAGACUUCAUUUUCUGUAAUUGCACAGCAACACUAAGUUACUUGGCAUUACUCCUCUGAAAUUACUGUUAACUGUAGUGGUUGGCAUCCUGUAAAUAAAUGUUUUUGAUGGGGACACUUCA